AUGAACAACAGUGUCACCAUCCGAACAAGGAAGUUCAUGACCAAUAGGCUGCUUCAGCAUAAGCAGAUGGUGAUAGAUGUUCUUCAUCCUGGAAAGGCCACUGUUCCCAAAACUGAAAUCCACGAAAAGUUGGCCAAAAUGUACAAGACAAUCCCAGAUGUCAUUUUCGUCUUUGGCUUCAGGACUCAUUUUGGAGGUGGGAAGACAACAAGCUUUGGCAUGAUCUACGAUUCCCUCGACUAUGCAAAGAAAAAUGAACCAAAGCACAGACUAGCCAGGCAUGGUUUGUAUGAAAAGAAAAAGACUUCAAGGAAACAGGGUAAAGAACGUAAGAACAGGAAGAAGAAAGUCAGAGGAACAGCUAAAGCAAAUGUUGGUGCUGGCAAGAAGUGA